AUGCAUCCAUAUGCUUCGCCUCUUUCCCCUGCUCGACCACAUGCACACGUGGUACAUUCACAUUCUCCAUCCGACUCCCACCUGCCUCUGACCCGAACCAGAUUCUUGUUCAGAUUAUCCAACUUUCUCUUUGGUCUACUCAACAAUGCUCUGUAUGUCGUCAUCCUCACUGCUGCGCUCGAGCUCUUACCCAGAGGGGUACCCACUGGCGUAGUGGCUGCUGCGAAUAUCGCCCCUGCACUCGUUGCCAAGGCUAUCUGGCCUUAUGUGCUCAAGGGAGAGAUCAGAUAUGCUAGGAGGGUCGUCGCUUGCUCCACCAUCAGCUUUGUAGGGAUGAUUGUGAGUUGCGUUCCGUCAUUGCAGUCCUUUGGCGUUGUCGCGCCCAACCUUUCUGCUGCAAAACCAGUGGCUCCGCGUCGCAAAUCCAGGACUGACCGCAAAGCGACCCCGAUUUGCUUCCGCGCUCACUCACAAUGCUCGCAGCUCAUUGCGUUCUCGACUUCGCUGGAGAACAAAUUGAUCGGGAUCAGCAUGGCUAGUUUCAGCUCCGGUCUUGGCGAACUCACCUUCCUGCAGCUUAAUACGAGGUACGGCCACAGCGGAGCGGGUGACGGAGUUGGGUGAGUGCCAACGGAUGUAUGCGUUUACAUGCGGGAAACCUACGACUGAUCAUCGGCCCUUUGACUCACUUGGAACAGCUGGUUCGCUUCGGGUACAGGUGCUGCUGGACUACUGGGCGCAGCAGCUUGGUGGAUCGUAAGACCUCUGGGCGUCAAAGGAGGUUUGACCUUGCUAUCAAUUCUGCCCGGCAUCAUGGCUCUGGCAUACUUUGCCAUCUUGCCGAGCAAAGAAGCGCUCGAUGCCGAGGUGCCAGCCGACUACACUGCGAUUGGUACGCAAGAAGCUGACGCGGAUUUUGUGGACGGCGAAGAGGAAGAUGAUGAUGCCAGACCUAGAGCUACUGGCGCGCAAGGCCAUCAAGGCGACCCGGAAGACCUUCCGACUUCGGCAGCAGUGUCGGUCCCUUUUGCUCGAAAGAUGCAAUUAAUCAAGCCCAUGCUGCUUGUCUACAUUGCCCCGCUUGUAUUGGUCUACUUUUUCGAAUACACGAUCAAUCAAGGCGUAGCGUCUACGCUGCUUUAUCCACUGCCGGAUCCCAGGGAACACUGGAUUCUUUCGCUCUUCGUUAAGAAGCUUAGCGAUUACUAUCCUCUGUAGUGAGUGCUAGGCCAUGCUGCCAGCUGUCAGCCAUGCGCACGAGACUCAUCUCAAUUAACCUUCCGUUGUCCACGACUUUGCCCUCACCCUGCGCAGCCAAUUGACGUAUCAGACGUUCGUAUUUCUCUCAAGAUCGUCCAUCAGCAUCUUGCGUCUGCCAGCUAUUCCUCAGCGGCUGUUGUGGAUACCGGCUAUCCUGCAAGGUCUUCUACUGGCCAUACUCAUCUCGGAGAGUCUCUCCGCUUGGUUCCCGCGCGUAAGUGCAGUCUGCAGCCCGUCCGUGAAGCUGAUACGCACACAAACUGAGCGUUGCUGUCAAGCUACAGAACAUCGCGAGCCCCCUGGUCAUCGUCCUCGUGUGCCUAGAGGGACUCGCAGGUGGCAGCGCCUAGUGAGUGUACACUUUGCAGUCAUCUCCUUCCGGAGAGCGCGAACACGAGCCGCUGUUCAACACCCGAUUUGCGCCGACCCCACAGCGUCUCGGUCUUCUAUCAACUCUCGCGAGAUUCUUCCAACUCGCUAGACAAAUCGACCAUCGGUGCUGCUGAUGGCGAGUCGAGUUUGGCCACCGAGUCGGAGCAGGAAAGAAGGACGAGGCUGUCUCAGGAACACGAAUUCAGAAUAGGCUCCAUUGGACUGGCAGAUUCUUUUGGCAUUUUGAUUGCUGCGCUCGUCUCCAUGCCCCUCGAGCUGUGGUUGUGCGGACGACAGGUCGCUGCGGGCCGUUUGCUCUGCAAAGAGGUCAAGGCUGCGACUUGA